AUGACGACAGCUCCUUCCUUCUGGGCUGCUGGCAAUAACAAGAUCAAGUCUGCCGAGUCUCCGAAUCCUAAAAUUGCAGAGGCGCCACCGAAGCCCAAACCAGGCCCUCAGCAGAAGAAGGGUUUCGUGCUCAAGGGCAUUUCCAAUGGGCACAUCACAAGUGACUUCUCUGCAAAGCCCGCUGUAGUCACCGAUAGCAGAAAGGCCGACUGGGCUGAUGAUGACGACGACAAUAGCUUCAUCGCGGAGUUUAUGAGCCAGGACCCGAAGGUCGCCGCACUCGAGACCACCGUCGCUCUGAAACAGGAGCGCGUGAAAGAACUAGAGGCGGUGGUAAUCACGAAGACUCUUCGAGUUGCAGAGUUGGAAGGUGCGGUUCAAGAUAAGGACCAUCAUAUUAGUGACCUAGACGCGGAGGUCCAAGAGAAGGACAGCAAGAUCAGAUUACUCAAGAAAGAGAACAGCGAUCGACUCCUUCAGAACCAAAAGCUUCUGUGCGAGGCUGACGAGAAGGACAGUCAGAUCAGGAAGCUGGAAGUUGAGCUGAAGAAGAAGGCUGUGACCGUUCGCAGCCUUGAGCAGGAGUCAGCUGCGCUUGUCCCUGUGCCAACAAACGAUGCUGAGUCGAUCACCGAAGACGAACUUGAGGACAGAGAAUUAGAAAUCACCAAGACAGAUGAGACUGAAGGCAUUACUGAGGCGGAAAACGAAGUCGAUGAGACCUUCUCUGAGGCUUCGGAUAGUUUCGAGAUCGUUGAUCCCCCCAGGGAUGAGGAGACUAGAAAGAUCAAGGAGCAGGAGACUGAAGCGACCACUACUGGAGAGUCCGUUGACACUGUUUCAACGAAGAAGAGUUGUGGCCCUUCGUUCGGCGACUCUGAAUUCCCGACAUUCGUGACGAAGAACAUGCUGAAAAUCGUUCCGCCAGCCCCGAAGCCCAAGACCUUGACCUUUCCUAUAGAUAUGUCUAAGUAUGGGAAGAAGUCCACCGCACCACCUAUCACGAAGAGUGUACGUCCAUCAUCAACUAUGAUCGAGAAGAACGGUCACACGACACCCUGGGGCCAAUCUUCCAAGCAGGCACGCGACAAGACCGGCGCCAUGCCCGAGUUCAACUACUCGGCUGACAUCCGUCACAUGCCGCACAGCAAGCGCAUGCUCUUUGGCAACGGUCCUGAAGUUGUUGUUAAGCUCGGUGAUGUCAAGCUGGCUACUGUCACCAAGUACGUCUUGAUGCAGUGCUCGUUCAAGGCUCUUGAGUACUUCACCAGACUACCUGAAGCCACCUCCUGGAUCCUUCCCGCCGACUCGAUGGACGUAGACUCUGCAAGGGCGCACCUCAAUUGGAUGGAUGAGAUGACCUACCAGAGCAGGAUCUACUCUUUGAAGUUCCAGACUGAGCAUGUCCAUGACAAGAAGAACCUCAAGAUUUGCCACGCUGCCCGUGUUCUAGGACUCAACAACAUGUACGUUGCCCAGUUCACUAAGCAGUUCUGUGACCGUAUCCGCGCUGAGGAUGUAUCGCCCGAGUUCAUGGAUCUUGUCUGCCAAUUAGCUUACCCGGAGAAUGACCCAAUCUUUGACUGUCUAGCCAACAACUUGGUUAAUCGAAAGAAGGUUGGGAAUGACAAGGGCGCGGCAGAAUUGGAGAAGCUGGUAGCCAAGCACGCACUUCUAAAACACAAGGUCGAGAAGAUCGAAAAGCGUUUGACUGGUCGUCCACGCAAAACUUGGAUGUCUCCCGAAGGCAGUGCGCGCUGUGGUAGUCACGACCGCAGCAGCAGAAAGGGCCGCAAAGGUGGUGACGUCGGAAAGUCUUUGCCGAAUGUUGUACAGCCUGCGCCUGGCAACGAGCCGAUUGCCCCAGCGGCUGAGGAGGCGCUAUUCACCAUCCUCCAGUAG